UGGAUGAGAAGCCUUCAACAUAACAUCAAUUUGUCAUCAACUUGUCCUGGUAUAACACUGACUUCAAAAACUGAGGUGUGUGUGUGACCUCAGAUCUAGCAUCAACAAACGUUUACGAUUAUUUUAAUGUGAAUGGACUCGGCAUCAUAAUUAUGUUCGUAUAACGUGUGUCUUAAAUAGUAGAAACGGAAUAUAUUGGAACGUGCGAUAGGGCGAUCACACUUGUGACAGCUUAACAGCCAUAUUGGCGAUCCGAGAAAUCUGAUACACGCAGCGAUGCCGUCCGAGGGCUACAGCUACGAGACCGGGAAGAUCCCCACCUUUCACGCCGCCGACUACGCCGUGUUUGGCUGCACGCUCGGCAUCUCCGCCGCCAUCGGCGUCUUCUAUGCUAUCAAAGACCGGAACAAGCAGACAACUGACGAUUACUUAUUAGCGGGCCGGUCCAUGCACCCGAUUCCGGUGGCGAUGUCGCUUUUGUCUAGCUUCAUCUCGGCGAUCACGAUCCUAGGCACGCCGGCGGAAGUGUACGUGUACAGCACGAUGUACUGGUGGAUUUCCGUCGCCUUCAUCAUCACGGCCAUCGGCGCCGGCCACAUCUUCAUCCCUAUUUUCUACAACCUCGGCAUCACGAGCGUAUUUCAGUACGCAGAGAUGCGGUUUGGUCAUCCAACUCGGGUCCUAGCUAGCAUCACUUACCUUGUUUGGAUGAUGUUUUAUAUGGCGAUAGUCUUGUAUGCUCCGUCAUUAGCGUUGAAUGCAGUGACUGGGCUGAGCCUGUGGGGGUCCAUUUGCGCUGUGAGUCUCGUCUGCACCUUCUACACCGCCCUGGGCGGUAUGAAGGCGGUGUUGUGGGCGGACACAUUACAGAUGGUGAUCGUGUACGGGGGGAUGAUCACCAUGGUAGCCAUGGGGGCUAACCUACUGGGCGGCAUAGACGAGGUCUGGAGGACCGCGGACGAGCACGGCAGGAUCGUUUUCUUCGAGUUCAAUACGGACCCCCGGAUGCGUCACUCGGUUUGGACGGUGGUGUUUGGAGGGGCCGUGUUCUGGUGCUGCGUGUUCGGCACAAACCAGGCACAGGUACAGCGGGCCAUAUCCGUCUCCAGCAUCACCAGGGCCAAACUGGCGAUCUGGUUGAACCUGCCUGGAAUGGCGUCCAUCAUCACGAUCAGCUGUCUGGUCGGGCUUGUCAUCUUCUCCUUCUACGCCAAGGCCCGUUGUGACCCGGUCUCUUUCGGCAUUAUCUCAAAGGCAGACCAGCUGGUUCCUCUGUACACGAUGGACAUCAUGAAUGAGUACCAUGGUCUGCCUGGCCUUCUCCUCUCUACCAUCUUCAGUGGCAGUUUAAGCACGAUAUCCUCUGGUCUAAACGCGGUGGCGGCAGUGAUGCUUGAAGACUUCGUCAAGCCUAUGUGCUGCAAGGGCAUCUCACCUUUCAGGGCAACCAUUAUGUCCAAGAUAUUCGUGAUCGUGUUCGGAUUUGUGUCACUGGCAUUCGCAUUCCUCGUGUCCCAGCUCGGCACCAUGAUUCUCACGCUCGCGUAUGUGUUGUUUGGAGUGCUUGGCGGCCCUUUGCUGGGGAUGUUCUCACUGGGCAUGCUUUUCCCCUGGGCCAACAAGUGGGGCGGCGGAAUCGGCCUUGCCACGAGCUUAGCGCUGUUGUUAUGGAUCGGGCUUGGCCAGUCCAUCACUGGAACCAGUGUUGUUAUUAAGCCGCCCGUUGAGACCGUUGGCUGUAACUGGAACGCCACCGGCUUCUCCAGGGCAGAGACUCCCAUCAACGUCACCGCAGCCCCCGGCCCCACUACAACCAUUGACUUCGCCCAUCCCGUCACCUCUGCUUUUGACAAAUACACCGGUAUAGAGCGGCUAUAUACGGUAUCGUACUUGUGGUACAGCCCUAUUGCCGUUCUCGUGUGCGUCGUUGUAGGCCUCUUCGUCAGCUUAAUCACAGGUAUUGAAGAUACAAAGAAGCUAAAUCCAAAACUAAUAUGUCCGGCGUUUGACAUAUUCUUUCCGUAUUUACCCGAGAAGAUCCGGAAACCGCUAAGGUUUGGAGUGCGACAUGGGGAGUAUCUGCCGGAGUUCGACAGCCUGGCCGAGCGGAAGGAGCGGAUCAACAGCCUCACCGUGAACGAGGCUAUCCCCGUUGUCACUGCCAACGGCUCCAAAGCGGCCGGAGUGGACAACAGAGCCUACGACCCGCCUCAACAGACACAUCUGUAGCCCCUGGUGGAUAAAACUGCAUGUGUUUGACUUCGUAUUAUCAGGAGUUUUAAUGUCUGUCGAAUUAUGAAUUGACGACAUGACGACAUUUUAGCAUUGGUAUAACUACUUUUUUUAAAUGGUAAAGUUGCAGUACCAGGAGUGGCCUUACUUUGGAUGGUCGUCUAUACAACACCUGUUAUAAAUGUCCCGAAUAUUGUGAAUGUCCAGAUUCCAGAAUGUUGUGAUAGUCGCAAAUUCUGUGAAGAUCCUGAAUGUUAUGAUUAUUUUGAAUGGGUCAAAUGUCGUGAAUGUUGCGAAUCUUGGGAAUCGUGAAAGUGUCGAUUGUCGCAAAUGUUGUGAAUACGGUAAAUGUUUCGAAUGCCAUCAAUGUUGUACAAGCGGUGAAUAUUGCUUAUGUCGUGAAUGUUGCGAAUUUCGCGAAUGUUGUGAAUGUCCUGAAUUACCUUGAAUGUGUCGAAUGUUGUAAAUAUCGCAAAUGUUGUGAAUACGGUAAAUGUUUUGAAUGUUUCGAAUGUUGUACAUACGAUGAAUAUAGAGAAUGUUGUGAAUGUCGCUAAUGUUGGAAAUGAUGUGAAUACCGGGUAUGUUGCGAAUGAUGGGAAUGUCGCGAAGGUUGGGAAUGCCGCGAAUGUUGCGAAUGUUGCGAAAGGUAAGUAUGUCGCGAAUGUUAGGAAUGUCGCGAAUGUCGGGAUUGUCGCGAUUGUUGGGAAUGUCGUGAAUGUUGCGAAUCUUGGGAAUCGUGAAAGUGUCGAUUGUCGCAAAUGUUGUGAAUACGGUAAAUGUUUCGAAUGCCAUCAAUGUUGUACAAGCGGUGAAUAUUGCUUAUGUCGUGAAUGUUGCGAAUUUCGCGAAUGUUGUGAAUGUCCUGAAUUACCUUGAAUGUGUCGAAUGUUGUAAAUAUCGCAAAUGUUGUGAAUACGGUAAAUGUUUUGAAUGUUUCGAAUGUUGUACAUACGAUGAAUAUAGAGAAUGUUGUGAAUGUCGCUAAUGUUGGAAAUGAUGUGAAUACCGGGUAUGUUGCGAAUGAUGGGAAUGUCGCGAAGGUUGGGAAUGCCGCGAAUGUUGCGAAUGUUGCGAAAGGUAAGUAUGUCGCGAAUGUUAGGAAUGUCGCGAAUGUCGGGAUUGUCGCGAUUGUUGGGAAUGUCGCGAAUGUUGGGAAUGUCGGGAAUGCCAUUACGAAUGUUGGGAAUUUUGCGAAUGUUGGGAAUGUCGCGAAUGUUGUGAGUGUCGCGAAUAAUGUGACUGUCGGGAAUAAUGUGAAUGUCGCGAAUGUUGCAAAUGUCGCAAAUAUUGGAAAUGUCGCGAAUGUUGCAAAUAUGGGAAUUGUCGCGUAUGUUGCGAAUGUUGCGAAUGUAGCAAAAGUCGCUGAAUUUGUACAUGUCGUUCUUUUUGUGAGCGUUACAAACAACGUAAUCAUCAAAUGUUAAAUGUUUGUAAAUGGAGAAAUAUGAACAUGUUUGUUAAAUGGUAACAUAUCGGACAUAUUUGUUUAAUGCUAACAUAUCGGACAUGCUUGUUUAAUGGUAGCAUAUCGGACAUGUUUGUUUAAUGGAAAUAAGUCGGACAUGUUUGUUGAAUAGUAACAUGUCGGACAUGUUUGUUAUAUAGUAACAUAUCGGAUAUGUUUAUUUUAUGGUGUCACAUCGGACAUGUGUGUGUAAUGGUAACAUAUCGGACAUGUUUGUUUAAUGGUAAGAUAUCGAACAUUUUGGUUCAAUGGUAAAAUAUUGGACAUGUUUGUUUAAUUGUAACAUUUCGGACAUAUUUGUUUUAUGGUAACAUAAUGGACAUGUUUGUUUAAUGGUAACAUAUUGGACAUGUUUGUUUAAUGGUAACAUAUCGGACAUAUUUGUUUUAUGAUAACAUAUUGGACAUGUUAAUAUUUUACAUGUUUGUGUAAUGGUAACAUAUUGGACAUGUUUGCUUAAUUGUAACAUAUCGGACAUGUUUGUUUUAUGGUAACAUAUUGGACAUGCGUGUUUAAUUGUAACAUAUUGGACAUGUUUGUUUGAUGGUAACACAUCGAACAUGUUGGUUCAAUGGUAACAUAUUGGACAUGUUUGUUUAAUGGUCACAUGUCGGACAUAUUUGUUUGAUGGUAACUUAUCGAACAUGUUGGUUCAAUGGAAACAUAUUAGACAUGUUUGUUUAAUGGUAACAUAUCGGACAUAUUUGUUUUAUGGUAACAUAUUGGACAUGUUUGUUUAAUGGUAACAUAUUGGACAUGUUUGUUUAAUGGUAACAAGUCGGACAUGUUUGUUUAAUGGUAACAUAUCGGACAUAUUUGUUUUAUGGUAACGUAUUGGACAUGGUAAUAUGUUACAUGUUUGUUUAAUGGUAACAUAUUGGACAUGUUUGCUGAAAGGUAACAUAUUGGACAUGCUUGUUUUAUGGUAACAUAUUGGAAAUGUUUGUUUAAUGGUAACAUAUCGGACAUGCGUGUUUAAUGGUAACAUAUCGGACGUGUUUGUUUAAUGAUAACAUAAUGGACAUGUUUGUUUAAUGGUAACAUAUCGGACAUGUUUGUUUAAUGGUAACAUAUUGGACAGGUUUGUUUUAUGGUAACAUAUCGGACAUGUUUGUUUUAUGGUAACAAGUUUUAUGGUGACAUGUUGGACAUGUUUGUUUUAUGGUAACAUAUCGGGCAUGCUUGUUUAAUGGUGUAAAAUCGGACAUGUUUGUUAAAUGGUUACACAUCGGACAUGUGUGUGUAAUGGUAACAUAUCGGAAAUGUUUGUUCAAUGGUCACAUGUCGGACAUGUAUGUUUAAUGGUAAUGUAUCGGACGUGUUUUUUCAAUGGCAACAUGUAGGACUUGUUUGAUUAAAAGUAACAAAUCGGACAUGAUGGUUUAAUGGUAACAUAUCGGACACGUUUGUUUAAUAGUAACAUAUCGGACAUGUUUGGUAAAAUGUAACAUAUUGGACAUGAUUGUUUAAUAGUAACACAUCGGACAUGUUUGUUUAAUGGUAACAUAUCGGGCAUGCUUGUUUAAUUGUGACAUAUCGGACAUGUUUGUUUAAUGGUGACAUAUCGGAUUGGUUUGUUUAAUGGUUUGAUGUCGGACAUGUUUGUUAAAUGGAUACAUGUGUUUAAUGGUUACAUAUCGGACAUGCGUGUUUAAUGGUAAUAUAUCGGAAAUGUUUGCUUAAUGGUGACAUAUCGGGCAUGUUUGUUUAAUUGAAACAUAUCGGACGUUUUUUUAAAUGGUAACAUAUCGGACACGUUUGUUUAAUGGUAUCAUUUCGUCGUGCUACACAGGGAUAGAAAGACAAGGAAGGACUUGGUUUUGUUUUUAACGUUAUUGUUUUUAUCCGCAUUACUAUUAUCCACUAUUUAGGUUAGUUUUUUUGUUAUAUUACUAUGUGCAUGUAUAUAUAUGACACUAUUGACACUAUUAUUAUUAAGUGUGACUAGGAACUAAAUUGUAUACGGUCACCUUAUUAUUAAUCAGAUAUUUUAAUGAUUUUAAAGAUUAUACUCGUUUACUGUUUAUAUACAUUUACAUUAUAUUUUGCUACACAAUAAAAUAUUUUACCAC